AUGGCAAGUCAAAUAGGAAGACCUUUGUAUGCUGACCCUAUGACAGAGGAUAGAUCGAGAUUAGGCUAUGCUAGGGUGUGUGUAGAUGUCAAUGUCUGCUCCAACUUUCCCAAGUUUAUUGACAUAGAUCAGGGCUAUGAUGAAGCCACUGGCAAACUUCGCAUAUCUAGGCUCCCAAUUGAAUAUCAAUGGAUUCCCUCUAUUUGUUCCCAUUGUAAGGUUUUUGGUCACUCAGACUCCCAGUGCCCCAAAAAACCUAAAGUGGACCCUAAUAAUGUUAAAGGUAGUAAGAAAGCCGAUGAGGGAGAUGGCUUCACAAAAGUGCAAAGGAAGAGAGGCAAGGCCCAAGAUAAAGGAAAGGAAGCAAGUCCAUCAGCUAGGCCGAUUGCCCCUAAUUAUGCUUCUAUGACCAUGGCAGAGUGUCUUGAGUUUCAUACUAUUACAGUCCCUUACGACCCUAAAGAUGUUGAUGCUCAUAUUAAAAAUCAAUUAUGUGCCCUUGCAGAAGAAGAUCAGGAUGUUCUGUCCCCUAUGGAGUUAGAUGGAGAGAUAGUAGAAGAAAAUAUUCGAGGAAAAUUGAGAGAUCGGGAUGAUAGUGAGGACCAAAUCUUAGAGCUUGAGAGGGAUGAGGGUGUUAGCUCAGAUGGGCACCAAUCUAAGACUAGAUCUCAGGCCAAAAGGGAUAGGAAGAAGAUGCGUGAGCAAGGUGAGCAGAAGCCUGGUUCGGCGAGUUUGGAACCGAUUCCCCAAGAGUGUCAAUGA